CGCUUCGGGGUUCAGGGGGGGCCGGAAAAAAGGAAUUCCCGGAUUCCGGGGGUUUUCCCCCCCCCCAAAAAUCCCCGGGAUGGAAUCGGGGGGAUCCAAAACUCUGCCGGACCCGGCCGACGCGAUGACGUCAGACGACUUCGACAUCGUCAUCGAGGCCAUGCUGGAGGCGCCCUACAAGAAGGAGGAGGCCCAGCCCGGCCCUUCCAAGGCCCCAGCGGAGCCGGCCCCGGCCCAGGCGCCGCCGGAGGAGCCGAAGGAGCCCAAGAAGGAGAGCGGGAGCAGCAGCCGGAAGAAGCGGAGCCGGAGCCGGAGCCGCGAGCACAGACACAGCCGGAGCCGGGACCGGGAUCGGGAUCGGCGCCGCCGGAGCCGCAGCCGCGAGCGCCGGAGCCGCCACCGGAGCCGGAGCCGGGAACGCCGGAGGAGCCGGAGCCGGGAACGCCGGAGCCGCGAGGAGAGAGCCAG